AUGGAUAAUUAUGCCAGUGACGAAGACACAGACGAGGACUUUGAUACCCAGCUCAUCAUCCAGCAGAGCUUACAGGACUCUCACAAGCUGGGAACUACACAGCAUGCACCUGCAGAUGACAGUUCCCAUUCCUUUGUGAGCGCUGACUAUAAGAAGAUAAUCGAAACAAUAGAGACAGGUAAGGAAGAUGCAUUGGCACGCUUGACCAAGUACCAUUCUGCUUUCGAUGAAGCAGACGGGAUAGGCUGGCUUCCUCUGCAUAAGGCUGCGGUGCAACUAAGUAAGAACAUUUUGGAAAUAACCCUGAAAGCUUCAAAAGCCAGUGUGUGGGAGCAAACCACCCACAAUGGGGAAACGCCACUUUUUUUGGCCGUCAGCAAUUGCCUCUUAGAAAACGUCAGUUUUCUUCUUCUCAAUGGCUGCAAUCCGAAUGCCAAGAAUUCUGAAGGCAACUCUCCUCUUCUUACAGCUGUUCUCCAUGACUCCUACGACAUGGCCUCCUUGCUGAUCAGCCACGGGGCAGAUGUCAAUCUGCGGUGUACCAAUGAGAGGACCGCUCUCCAUGAAGCAGCCAAACUGGGCAGGCGGGACAUAGUGAAGUUGCUGCUGGUUUCUGGGGCACACCCUGAUCCACGGAGCUCCUACGGAUUCACUCCUCUUGCUCUUGCUGCCCAAAGUGGAUACACUGAAAUCAUGGAAAUGUUAUUGCAGAAAGGAGCUAAUGCUCUUGGUCAGGCCUCUGACUCUUCUUCCAUCUUACUUGAAGCCGCCAGCGGAGGAAAUCCAGAUUCUGUAUCUCUCUUGCUAGAGCAUGGAGCUGAUGCCAACAUCCCUAAGAAUUCAGGCCACCUUCCCAUUCAUGUGGCAGCUGACAGAGGCCACUUGUUAGCCCUGAAGAUUUUGGUUCCAGUUACGGAUUUUGCUGCCAUUAAGCAGAGUGGCAUCAGUCCGGUCCACUGUGCAGCAGCAGGGGCACACCCCCACUGCCUGGAGCUCCUCAUCCAGGCUGGAUUUGAUGUAAACUUCAUGCUAGAUCAGAGAAUUCGCAAACACUAUGAUGACCAUAGGAAGUCAGCUUUGUAUUUUGCUGUAUCAAAUGGUGACCUCUCUUCAGUUAAGCUGCUUCUGGGUGCUGGAGCUCUGCCUAAUCAAGACCCAGUUAACUGCCUCCAGAUAGCCCUAAGGAUGGGCAACUAUGAGCUGAUAAGUCUGCUGCUACGGCAUGGGGCCAACGUCAAUUACUUCUGCAGAGUCAACCCUUUACAUUUCCCAUCAGCACUGCAAUAUACACUGAAAGAUGAAGUCAUGCUCAGGAUGUUGUUGAAUUAUGGGUAUGACACAGAGCGAUGCUUUGAUUGUCCCCAUGGAAACAAAGUUCAUCCUUGCUAUACUUUUGAAGGCUGGACAUCUACAGUUAUCAAAGACACUAUGUUCUGUGAAGUAAUAACUUUGUCAUGGCUGCAACAUCUCUCUGGGAAGGUGGUUCGAGUGAUGCUUGAUUACGUUGAUCAAGUUCGAAUCUGUUCAAAGUUGAAAGCUGUGCUCCAAAAACAGGGGCUCUGGUCAGAAAUCCAUUUUAUCUUAACAAACCCUCGAUCCCUCAAACAUUUGUGCCGCCUAAAGAUCCGGAAGUGUAUGGGGCGGUUACAUUUGCGCUGCCCCGUCUUCAUGUCAUUUCUUCCAUUACCAAACCGUCUAAAGGCAUAUAUCCUUUACAAAGAAUAUGACCUUUAUGGACAAGGAGUUUUCACAGGAACCUGGUAAUCAAACUGUCUGGAUGAAGAGCUGUUACGGAAUUGCAGUGGGCCAAGAUGUGUAAUUAUGGUG